AGCGAAGUAUAAAAGCAUAAUUGUAGGGAAUUUGGAAACAUAUCUAUCGAACGAACUCGUAUGAGACACUUGUUUUGUAUUUAACGAACGAAUUUUGUGUUGAAUCUUAAUUAAAAAUUUUAGUUACAAUGAAAGUGCUAUAUUGUCUGUUACUUGUAUGUUUUACGAUUACAAGUGCAAAAUAUUUAUUAAACAACCAAAAUGAUCCCGGACAGUUAUGGCAGUACGGAACAGGUAUAUCUUUUGGGUCUUUCUAUAGUGCCCUACAAUAUGAACAAAAAAUUAUGAAAAUCAUUAAUAAAUAUGAAGAAAAGCAAAUAUCACAUAGAAAAGAAUUAGAAGAAAGGGAGGAAAAAAUACAAACACAUAUCAAAGAAUUAGAAUUCAAAAUAAAAAAUAAUGUUGAUGGUACUAACAAUACGUCAUCAGAACAGGAGAUUCUAAAGCUUCAGGAAAAAGUUAAAAAGUUGCACAGAAAAUAUGAAGACAAACUAAGGAAAUUACAAAGUACAUUACAAACAAGCUUACAAAAUUUGAAACAACCGGAAAUUGAAUCUAUUGUGGAUUAUGAUGAAACAGAAUCAUCUGGUGCUGAAGAAUCAUAUACGAAUGCCGAAGAUAUCUGGGCACAAUGGUUGAGUUAUACUCCAUCGAUUACCGUUGUUCAAGAAAAUAACGAACCCAGUUCAUUUUUACUCAAUCCAUUUCCUAGUUGGAUUAGUAGUAGUGACUCAGCAUCCACUGAUGAUUCUGUAACUUCAUUUGAGUUAAACCCCUCUGAGAAAACUGGAAUUGAUUCUAUUGCAAUCGGCACUAUCAGUAUUGAGGCAGCUUCAUCAAAUUUCGAAGAAUUUAGUACAAUAGCUCCUGAAGCAGCAGCUGCAGCUGGAGUAUCUCAAACCACAGCCUUAAAUUCUGAGGGCAUCGACGUAACAACGACGGGACCCAUAAACUCACAAUCCGUACAGUCUCAAUCAGUAUCAUCUACUGGCUUUUUAAAAUCGGGUGUUAUUGGUGAAACUGGAAAAAUCCCCGUUACCUCAAGUUCUUUAGAAUAUGAAACCGUAUCAAUCAAUACCAACGUCACAAAUAGUGCCGUGUCAAACACUGCAGAUUCUGAAGCAGCUGAUAAUGGUAACAAUUUAGCCAUAGCAGUUUCUGAUAUAAAUGUGCUGAAUUCCAAUAUAUCAUCUACAGCUGAUAUAUUAGCCACUGAAAUCUUUGAAGUGGCUGUACCCAAUGCUGAAAUAACUGAAAAAUCUACCAUCAACGAUGAUGUAUAUAGUACUGAAGAGUCUGGUGGUGCUGGAUUAAGUAUAAAUUCGUCGACUACAAUAGCUUUUGACGAUUUUAAUGAAAAUAUUUCCAAUAAUACGACUUCUGAAUUAACUACAGCCUAUAUCAAUCUCACUGCAUAUUCUGAUAUGAGAACCACUGUAGUUAAUGAAGUAACUGCAACAAAUGGCAAAGACUUUAAUGAUGUGUCUUCUGCAGCAACUACAACAAAUUUGGAAAUCAUAAGCAAUGCAGAUUCUACAGCUACUGGCUUUAGUGUGGAUAGCGUAACAAUACCUGUAGCUACCGAAGAACCUGCAACCAAUGCUGAUAUAUCAAAUCUCACAACUCCUAAUGCAACUACAUCCAAUUCCACAACCACCUUAACCUCGGAAGCGGCUAGUCCAGAGGCUUUGAAUUAUAUAACUACUGAAGGAACUGCCCUCAAUUUCAAUGCUACAAGUAUUGUAGUUGCUGAAAAAGAAGCAACUAAGACUGAUGAUUUAAGCUCUCUAUCGAUUGACGCCGUCGCUUCAAGUUCAUCAACUGUAGCAGCAACAGAAAGUGAAAUACAGCAUUCAUUGGCAGAUAGUACUGAAAAUCCAACGAUAAUUUUCUAAUACUAAUGCAAUUAAUUGUUCACGUAUUUAGAUCGAUGGUAGCAUU